AUGUGGGCCGGGCUUGUUUUUUACCUCUUUCUGCCCAUCGUGCAGUCAUGCACUAAAGGUAAACCGAAUGAAUGUGCAGAAGCAAACUUCGCCCCCGGGUCCAACCUGGCCGGAGAAGGAUACGAUGUGACCAAGAUGCAGCGCAUGGGAGCCUUUGUCAUUAACACAGAGGUCUGGAGGCGAAAGGAUAAAUCAUGCACUCUUUGCAGGAACCCCUACAUGGAAGGAGCAAAUCAAAAGCUUCCCACAUCUGUGGUAGACUGGAGAUCCAGCAAAAAGUGCAGCAUUCAGAUAUCAAGUUCCCUGUACCAGUCCAGUGAAGAACUGGUCAGCUCCAGCACUUCCUCCAUUGAGAACAACUGGGGUGCAAAUUUGGACAUAGAUAUUCGCCAAAAUAAAGGCUCAUUCGUUUUGGCUGGAACUAACUCAAAGCUUGCAGAGUACUCAAUGGAGAAGACCAAAAGAGACAAGUACAAUUUUGCCAGUCAAAGUAUUUCGUGUUCAUUUUACAGGUGCGACAUACCAGCUUCCAUUGCUUCAUGCCUUCCUUGAAUACUGAAUAC